AUGUCAGUACCACAUUUAUUCAGACUAUCGACUGUAGGAACAUCCUCAAUUGUUACUCCUUCUAAUGAAAUAACAACGUUACGUGAACGAAACUCUAUUCUUUCGCGGAAUAAUGCUCGUCUUAAUGAGGAAUUAGUUAGCUUAAAACAUUUCAUAGAGUCAUCUAGAUGUCAUACAUCACAUAUCUUCAGCACUAAUAGCAGCACCUCACCGCAUAAAUCAUCAUCAUCAUCAGCUGUCAACGAACAUUCAGCUACCUUUGACUUAGCUGCUGAUCUGAUGCAGGUGCAAGAAGAUCUUGAAAAUGUCAUCAUACAAAUUGACACUUCCGUAACUGCGAAUAAAAUCGAAAAUAACAGUUGUUCGAGUGAAACUCCUCCGCUGAAUUUAACGAGACAAAAUCCUUCACCACCAAAUAUAACCGAGCUUGAACAUUUGAAAACUGCUUUGAAAAGGUCACAUGAAGAACGCGAAGCUCUUACUGAGCAACUGGAUCGAGUGACGUUUAAUUUUCAAGAAGCAUGUCGUGAACUAGAUCUAUACAAACAUGAACUGCGUGAAGAUGCAUUAAAGUAUUCACAUGAAAUCCGCUUAUCGAGAAGCCGAAGUUUUGUUGAACUUGGGCGUACUACAGUUGAUUUAGACGAGCAUAUUAGAUGGAAAGAGAAGGCUGGUACGAUGUUUCGUGAAUUGAAUCGGAUUCGUAAAGAAUAUGGUGCCUGUGACAGUGAACGUCGUGAGUUACGCAUGCAGCUCGUAAUGUUACGAGGUGAACUUGGUUUAGCUCAGUGCCAGCUUGCGGAAAUGUGCUCUAACCAGCGGCGGAAAAAAUGUGAAUCAAUAUCAAAUGGGUCUGUAGUCAGCACAAAUGGUAUUUCGUCACCCACGAGGUUGCUUCAAGGUAGACCUCCCGAUGAAUUUUGGGAUACAAUGGAUUCAUCGUCCGCAAUCUUCUUUACAGCUUGUACCUCGAUGUCCUCUCUUAAUGACGUAAUGUGUUCGACAAGCGAACCGGAAUUAGCUGCUACAAAAUUUGAGGGUGUUCGUGAAUAUCGCCUCGCCAAUCGUAACCAUCGUGAUUUAUAUCAUUUACCAGCUUGUUCCCGAGAAUCUCGUAGGCCAUCAGCAUGUCUUGAACAAAUCCAACACAGUCCAGAGAAACACGAAGAAAUCAUCAAAGAGGAUUUCCAUGAUUCACGAUCAGAAUGGUGGUUGUCAAUGAAUGAAGAGCAAAUUGUAAAGAAUAGGCAAAAAUUAAAAAAUCUGGAAAAGCAAGUUGUAGAGAUGGCAAAAGAACAAGCAAAGAUAACGAAAGAGGAACCUGGUAGGCAAUCACAAAAAAUGGCAGUGUUAAUGAACGGAAGUAAUGAAAUAAUGAAGGGACAUCAGAAAAAAUAUCCGACAACGUUUAAGAAGGAUGAAUGUAAGAGAAUAAAUCAGCAGAAGACCGUGUAA